AUGGGAGGCUUUGCAGCAGGAAAGUUGGCCGUGAAGAUGGUGAUUGCGGCCUUUUCGGGCAUGGGAGCCGCCACGAUCUGUCAUCCCCUCGAUGUGAUUCGCGUCCAAAUGCAAACAGAAGGAGGAUCCUACACGAGUCCGCUGGACUGUGCCAAUCAAAUUGUCAAACAAGAGGGACUCGUUAAUGGCCUCUAUGCGGGAAUCUCGGCUG